AAGGGCUGCCUGCAAUGCAAGCCGUGUCGGGCCGUUUGCUUGCCUUUUUGCCAGCACGCCUGGCACUCCGCUUAAUGAACACAGCGCCAGGCUUAUAUGCCCGGCUGCUCUGGCGCCUCGUGCGCCCGCCCGGCGCCGUUUGAGCACCGUGCAGGAGGAGUGUGAUUCCAGGAGCCCGCGCGGCGGGCGCGCUCCCCUGGCGAGGGCGGCCGCCCCUCGGGCGAGGGCGAGGGCAAGAUGUGGGACUGGCUGCUGUCCCUGGACAAGGGAAAGGGCGGACUGCUGCAGUAUUUCCCAAGGAUUCAGAUGGAGUUCGACUGCGAGUUCGCCCAGAUCGCAGCCAGCAGGCUUCCGCAGCCAGUGUCCGACGGUGUCCUCGGCAUGGUGCAGCCUCAGCUCUUCGAGGCCGCCACGCCUCUCGUCAGCCUCCUCCUCCUCCUCAAGGGCGCCCUCGGGGGCGCGAAGUUAACUAUUCGCGCUUCGCGCGCAUAUCCAGGCGUGCCCAGAAGCGCGCGCUAAGGCAGUCAUUCCAUUUGUUUCAAGCUUGGAUAGUCGACGACACCAAGCAGGGUCAUAUUUUUCGCAGUUUACGAUAAGAGCCCAUCGCCAGUGACGAAACGCACUACGGCGGGCAAGUUUUUUUGUCAUCCGAGAGAUUUCGCGCCGCUCGGCUUCGAGCGGCUGCCCGAUAUCGCGCCCCAGUCUCUAUGCCAUCUGCGCACGUAUUGUGAGCAUGCGUUCGCGUGGCCGUGGCAACUACUGGUGGUGUUGGG